GAGCUCCUCCAGUGCACAGAGUGACUGGGAUCCUCUAUUACAGCUGCGCUCGUCUGGGGGACACUUAGGUUCUUGUCACUCGGGGCCCCCAAUAUAUCAGAGGAGGAUGGGGAAGAUGUUCCCCCUCGUUGUGCUUCUCCUCCAUGUGUCUGCGGUGUAUUCUGACAGUCACUCUCUGCGCUAUUAUAUGACGGCGGUCUCAGCUCCGGGGUCCGGGCUGCCGGAAUAUUCUGAAGUCGGAUACGUGGAUGAUCGGGAGAUUGUGAAUUAUAACUCAGAGAGCGGAGGAGUGAAACCCAACGUGAAGUGGAUGGAAAAAGUGGAUCCAGGAUACUGGGAGCAUAAUACACAGAACGCUAAAGUAAAUGAGGCCGUAUUCAGAUAUAAUGUGAGGACAGUGAUGAGCCGCUUCAACCAGACCGGAGGUUUCCAUUCCUUCCAGCUGAUGUACGGCUGUGAGCGGAGAGAUGACGGCGGCGUCACAGGAUACGAGCAGUACGGAUAUGAUGGAGGAGAGUUCAUGUCUCUGGACACACAGACGGGGACAUAUAUCCCCACCAUGUCCGAGGCUCAGAUCACCGCACAGAGAUGGAACAGUCGGGAGGUACAAGUGGGGGAGAGAAACAAGAAUUAUCUGGAGACUGAAUGUAUAGACUGGCUGAAGAAACAUGUGGAGAAUGGGAGAGAAGAUCUGGAGAGGAGAGUUCAGCCGCAGGUGAAGGUCUCCGGUCAGAAGAAAGGUGACACCAUGAUGCUUCACUGCCAGGUGUACGGAUUUCACCCCCGAGCUGUGCACGUGAAGUGGAUGAAGAAUGGGGACGACGUUCCCGACUAUGAGACCACACGCACCCUCCCCAAUCCUGACGGCACCUAUCAGAUCAGGGUCAGUGCGGAAGUGAUCCCCAAAGAGGGCGAGAGUUACUCCUGUUAUGUGGAUCACAGCAGCCUGGGGAACGAGCCGCUGAACGUUGUGUGGGAACCAAGUAAUCCGAGUGUCUGGGUCACCCCUGUGGUCGUGGCUGUGGUGGUCAUCAUUCUUCUUGCUGCUGCCAUUGGUGGAUUUGUCCUAUACAGAAGGAAGAAAGCCGACUACACGGCGACCAGCAGUCCUUCAUGUGUCAGCGCGUUCAAAUGGAUAAGCUUCAGACACUUCGUCAUCUGAUGCGUCCGCUAAUGCCGCUAAAGCCUAACGAUCCAGACGGGCGGCCAUGAGCUUUCCUGGGAAAAGGGAUAUGCAGAUUAGAUUUAUGUCAUGUCUCUGCAGUGCCACCUGCUGGAGGAAGCGACCCUGUAGUCAGUGUCCAGCCCUGUAAUAGGCAUUGGAACAGGACAAAGGCAAAUAUCCUCAGUCAGGCUUCAAGACCCGAUAAAGAGUAAAACAUUGACUUGCCAAUUUUUGCCAAUCUGACCAGUGUCACUUUAUGUGGUGAUAACUUUAAAACGCUUUUACUUAUCCAGGCCAUUCUGAGAUUGUUUGUUUUUUUUUUGUCACAUAUUGAGUUUUGUUUGGCUGUUAACCCUUGCUUUGU